AUUACACGCAUUACGUUCACCCAAUCAGCUGUGGAUUCUCAACCACAGGAAAGAGGCAGAUGAUAUGGCAGCUUUGUGAGCGACCAGGUGAAACUUGCUUUGUUAAUUCCGUUUAGCUGGGGAACAUGAAGACAUUUUAAGUCGUUGACGGCAACGGGGCCUCGGUUAGAAAUGAUAUAUUUGAUAUUAAUUUCCGCAUUUUCUGGGGCGAUCGUCACGUUAGUGUUACAAUUCCUUUUCCUCUACCGGAGAAGCCCGGAGCCUAUAGGAAGGACAGUGCAAUAUGUCAAAGCAGUGCCUGAUCCCUUAUUGAAGGAUUACUUUAAUAACCAACAUGUCGAAUCGGGACAGCAACAGCAAGAAAGCACGACAUCCGCAGCAUCUAAACAGACAGAGGCCGCUUCUACGAAGCCGCAGGAAGCGUCUGUCAGCAGUAGCCCGAAACAACAGCCGCCACCGCCUUCUCAAAAUGAGUCGCUGAACACCUCCAAGUCGGAGACAUGCGGCUUUUUAAAUGCAAUAUUUUUGUUUCUGUUCCGGGAGCUCCGGGACACCCCGGUGGUUAGACACUGGAUCACCAAAAAAAUCAAGGUGGAAUUUGAGGAGCUGCUACAAACCAAAACAGCCGGACGGUUGUUAGAGGGUCUCAGUCUCCGGGAUAUAUCCUUGGGCAAUUCAUUGCCCGUGUUUAAGACUGCGAAACUUAUAAAGCCGGUCUCCGUUAACGAAGACGGCAUGCCAGAAGAGCUUAAUUUCGAGGUGGAUCUUGAAUACAACGGCGGGUUUCACCUGGCGAUUGAUGUAGACCUGGUGUUUGGGAAAUCCGCCUACCUGUUCGUUAAAAUGACCCGGGUGGUGGGCCGAUUGAAACUACAGUUCACUCGAAUGCCUUUUACGCACUGGUCGUUCUCGUUCAUGGACGACCCCCUCAUAGACUUCGAAGUUAAGUCACAGUUUGAGGGACGACCGUUGCCCCAACUCACCUCCAUCAUUGUGAACCAGCUAAAGAGAAUCAUCAAGAAGAAACACACUUUGCCAAAUUACAAAAUAAGGUACAAACCUUUCUUCCCGUUUCAAGUCCAGCCCCCUCUGGCCUCCACCUGUGACCAGGACCUCUCGCUCGGGGACACUCGAUUGGUGGAGGGCCGGCUCAGGGUGACACUAGUUGAAUGUAGCAGACUCUUCAUCUUAGGCUCGUACGACAGGGAGACGUACGUCCACUGCACCUUUGAGCUGAGUGGGAGGGAGUGGAAGGAGAAGACGCGCAGCUCCAUCAAAACGACCGAAGUGGUGAAAGGGCCAUCUGGUAGUUGGGGCAUGACAUUCAGGCACGUGGCAGCCAGCGAAGGUGACGCCGUGCACGUGGGCAUCGAGACGGUGACCCCAAACUCCCCGGCCGCCUUGGCUGACCUGCAGAGAGGAGACCGGCUCAUCGCCAUUGGAGGUGUAAAGGUCACAUCGUCUGUCCAGGUCCCGAAGCUCCUGAAGCAGUCUGGCGAGCGCGUGACAGUCCUGUACGAGCGUCCGGUACGCCACCAGUCCCCCAGCGCAGGCGUCGCCACCCCCCAGGACCCGCUGGUCUCGCUGGACGAGGCCGCUCUCCUGCCCCAGCCCACCGGCUACGAGGAGGACCCCGCCACCAUCACCACCAUGGACAUCUCGGAGAGCAAGGACAACGACUCGGAGUUCGAGGAGCUCGUCGUGGAGUCCAAACCGCCCGUGCCGCCGCCGCCCUCGGCCGCCAGCGUGUCGGCGUUGUCGAGCGCGGGCGCGGAGGCCAGGGAGGACUUCCUGCUGAGCGUCAACCAAAGCCCCAAGAGGACGGUGGCCACGCUGGCGUCCAAGCCGCUGGGCACCAUCUCGCCCAUCCUGAACCGCAAGCUCAACCUGGUGGGGCUCCAGUCCCCGCUCAAGCCCCAGCCCAAAGAGUCGCCCAAGCCCUCGCCCUCGCACAAGAUCGCCCUGGAGGCGCCCGCUGCCGCCGCUACUGCUGGUGCCACCACAGCCGCUGGAGGAGGAGGAGACGGGCCGCAGCGGCCCACCGUGCCCCCGCCACCUCCCCCGGCGCGCCCCCCGGUCCCUCCGCGGCCGCACAUCAAGGUCACGUCGGUGCCCGAGGCGCAGAGCCAGCCGGACGGCGCCGACGGAGGAGCCCCCGCCGUCGAGAAGAGUCCCGAGAAGAGCCCGUCGGCCGCCGGCAGCAGCAGCGUCUGCGGAAACGGAGACCGGCCUUCCGCCGCCACGGAGAAAUCCCCCGUCAGGUCCCCCGAGGCCAAGCCCUCGGCGAAGCCCGCCGAGCCGGACACCGUCUCCGUCACGUCCACCGGCAGCAGCAGCAGGGCCGACGUGUCCAGGGACCGGGCCUCCGAGCCGGCCGGCACCGCGUCCAGCAACCGCGACAGCCUGGACGAGCAGGGCCUGUGGGAGUCCUCGGAGACGGUGUACCGCAAGCGGGCGGCGCGCUGGUCCCGGGCCUCGGUGGUCUUCGAGGUGGACAGCCAGCACCACUUCCUCAACGUGGCGUUCUGGUGCAAGGACCCCUUCAAGCUGGGCUGCCUGCUGUGCCUGGGCCACGCCAGCCUGCGGCUGGACCACGUGGCGCUGGAGUGCCUGUCCACGGCCUCGGCCGAGUACCAGGCCACGUUCCGGCUGGGCGCGCCCGAGCCGCGCGCCAACGUCAGCCGCACGGCGCUGCGCAGCCUCACCACGCACAAGGGCUUCAACGAGAAGCUGUGCUACGGCGACGUCACGCUCAACUUCACCUACCUGGCCGAGGGCGAGCCGGAACCGCCGCCGCCGUGGCACGGCUCCGCGGGUGAGCGGGAGCGGGAGCGCGAGCGGUCCGGCAGCGUCCAGGAGGACGAGCUCCAGGAGCGCGGCGGCGGCGGCGGCGAGCGAGAGCGGGAGCGGAUGGAGCUGGCGCCGAGCGACGAGCUGAGCUACGCCGGCAUGGGCAUGGGCGACAUGCGCCACAACUUCCAGGACACGCAGUUCCAGAACCCCACCUACUGCGAGUACUGCAAGCGCAAGGUGUGGACCAAGGCGGCGUCGCAGUGCAUGGCGUGCAGCUACGUGUGCCACAAGAAGUGCCAGGACAAGUGCCUCGCCGAGAACCCCUACUGCGUGGCGUCGGGCGCCGACCGGCGCGGCGCCGACCCCGAGGCCAAGUCCACCAUCAACCGGGCCACCACGGGCCUCACGCGCCACAUCCUCAACACCAGCUCGCGCCUGCUCAGCCUGCGGCAGGUCCCCAAGGCCCGGCUGGCCGAGCAGGUGGCCGACGCGGUGGCGAGCGCGGGUGUGGGCGCGGGGGCGGCGGCGGGCAGCGCAGCCGAGCCCUCGCCCAAGCACACGCCCAACACCUCCGACAACGAGAGCAGCGACACGGAGACGUACGUGGGCGCCAGCCCGUCCAAGCACGCCACCGGCGGCGGCGGCGGCGGCGGCAAGCUGGCGCGCAAGGAAGGCGGGCUCGACGACAGCGUCUUCAUCGCCGUCAAGGAGAUCGGCCGCGACCUGUACCGCGGCCUGCCCACCGACGAGCGCUCGCAGAAGCUGGAGCUGAUGCUGGACAAGCUGCAGCAGGAGAUCGACCAGGAGCUGGAGCACAACAACGCCCUGCUGCAGGAGGAGCGCGAGGCCGGCGCGGGGGACGCCCGCCGCAAGGGCCUGCUGACCGCCGCGCUGGCCAAGUCCGGCGAGCGGCUGCAGGCGCUCACGCUGCUCAUGAUCCACUACCGCGCCGGCAUCGAGGACCUGGAGUCGGUGGAGAGCACGUCGCCGUCCGAGCCGCACGGCUUCGCCAAGGCCAAGGGGCUGGAGGGCGUGCUGGAGGAGGACGACGACGCGCUCAUGGGCGCCGAGGUUUACGACAGCGACAUCUGCAGCCCCAUGGACCCCAUGGAUGACAUCACAGACGAGCAGAUCUGCGUGGAGGCUCUACCUUAGAGAGGGGAGGGGAGAUGCCCCCACCACCCCUUCCUUUGGAGAUGAGGCAGGAGAAGGGGGCAGUGAUAAUAGGUGGAGGUGGUUGUGUCAUUGGCUGGGGGGGCUUGUAACUCACUGAAAGAGCUUGUUCAAAUGUGUGUGUAGGCUGUUGUUUCAUGUGGGCUAUGUCCUGUGGACCAUGUCAGAAAAGCAGGCCAUCAAAAGAUAUCAAUUAUUUUUUUAGAACGGAAGAAUAGAAUCGCCACUGACUGUCCAAAGUAGUCCUUACAAUCAAUCCAGUUGGUGUCCCCUUCCCCCUGCUGUUGGGUGCCUUUUGGUCGGAGCGGUCAGGCAGUCUGGAGCUGAUGUGACAAUGACCAGAUGUCCUGGUUUUCCACUGCUGUGACAUCACGGAAGAUCCCCACACCAUCAUAUCACUCGAUCAGGUGAACGUUGUGCUCGUUUGUGCGCUCUAGCUGUGAAAUCAGAUGUUAGCAAGUGAGGACCUGGUGGCCAUAUUGUGUCGUCUGGUUCAGUGGUGAGUUUACCUUUUAGAGUCAGCCAAGUCCACUAUUGUCAGAACCUCUCUUUGGCUUGAGUGAGUAACAAGCCCCCGUAAACCCAGACACACACACACACACACACACACACACACACACAUACAUACACUCUCACUCACACUCACUCACUCACCCACUCACAUGCAUCAUUUGCAGUAUAAGACAACAUUAAACAAGAGGAAAGAUUGAGAAUGUUUACUUAUUAUUUACUAAUAUGUUUUCCAUGUUCUGUAUGUAUAAAUGCAUCAUUGUCACUGUUUCUUUUGUCGAUUUGUCAGUACUUUUAAUUAUAGUGUGUUGUAAGCACUCUUUUUUUUUAAAUCUUAUUUUUUGUUUGUUCUUGUUUUUAACUUUGUCUGCCUCUCUCUCCUUGUCUUUCUCUUUAUCUGUCAAUGAAGCUGCAAGGGAAAACACUUUUAGGAUUAUUUAAGGGGUUAUAAGUACUUAUUACACUUAUUAUUUUGGGGGGACCAUUGGUUCACUUGUCUCUUAUAUAUUUAUCAUUAAGGCCAAAAUGGAUAUGGUAGUAUGUGAUCAUGAAGCCAUUGUGAUAUUUAUGUUUGUUAGGUUUUUUUUUGUCUGUUACAUGUUUUGGAUGUGUGUGUGUGUGUGUGUGUUUGUGUGUGUGUAUGAAAACAAAUGAAAAUCACAAACCAAUAUUGAUUAUUUAUUUACUUUAUUAAUAAUAAAUUCAUUCUUUCUUUUUGCCA